AAUAAAUGUAGCCAAUGUCGAUUUUUCCUUUAUUGACCUGUUCUAAAGUCUAAUGCAUACAUGCAAAACCAUACAUUCUUCUUGAUGUGGUGGUUUUUUUUUUGUGGCUUAGUUUAAGACUAUUCUCUCAUUUUUUUUUGCUUAUACAGAGGGUAAGAAUUAUCUUAUGCAACCUAUACAGGAGAUCGGGUGUUACCUAUAAAAAGCCCCACUCUAUGUAAAAGGCUGAAAAAAAACGAUUAUUCACUGGUCAGAAUUAUAAAAGGCUUCAGAGACAAUGCGUUGCCCAUUGAUGCAGGAUAAUCAAAUAUCGGAGCAUUUUCUUAAACCUCACUUCCAUCCCCUCUCCCCCCAGUAACCUUAUGAGACUACCUCAGGCACAUUCACACUGUUAUCAGUUUGAGCACACGACGGGCCCCCCCAUUCAUCUUUUAGUACACAGAGCUACAGCUUGUUGCGAGAUCAUUCCCGCGGUUUGCAGGGGGGGUGAAGAGGGAUCGGCCUGAAUCAGAGGGCCGGGGGGGUCAGUAACUACAAACAGCCACAAAUUGUCUCCCUCGCUCUCCCUCCCUCUGUCUCUCUCCCCGACAAAGUCAACGGUGGGCGGGCUAGGGGCGCUCGGCUUUCAGGCGGCUGCGGCUGUCACAGUCCUGAUCUCGGGCCGCCAUUGGCUCCUGUCUGCCGCCACGUCACAAUCAUGAUUAGAAUUGAUGAUCGGACGUUUUGAUUUCAUUGUCUGGCGCAGGGAGUCGGGAAGAAAUCUGCUGAAUUCGAGCGUUCGCUUGAUUUCUCACCAAAAAAAAAGAGGUUGAAGAUUUGUCAGCUGUGUUGCUGUCCUCUGGAAGGAUGGACAGCCAUUUUCUUUGACGUAUAUAUGAACUUGCGCUCUGUCUUCACUGCCGAGCAACAGCGUAUCCUGCAGCGUUACUACGACAAUGGAAUGACCAAUCAGAGCAAGAGCUGCUUCCAGCUGAUCCUGCAGUGUGCCCAGGAGGCCAAGCUGGACUUCAGUGUGGUUAGGACCUGGGUGGGGAACAAGCGCCGGAAGCUGACCUCCAAGACGGAGCAGAACGGAGUGGCGCAGGGCCCGCCCAAUCACGGCCUGGCGGGAGGGGGCGGGGGCGGGGCCAUGGCGGGGGCCGUGCUGGCGGCCGAGAUCGCGGCCAUGCGCGGCGUGUCGGGCAUCCAGCGGGGGGUGCCGCUGGCGCACCUCCUGCCCCCCGCCUCCUCCUCCUCCCCCUCCUCCUCCUCCUCCUCCUCCUCCUCCCCGCCCUGCAGCAGCAGCAGCACCAGCGACGUCAUCGUGACGGGGGUCUACACCCUGGCGCCAUCCUCCAGCCGUGUGGAGCCCGCCAAGACGGCGCCCAAGCCCCCGCCGCAGACGCACGCGCACACCCCCCUGCGGGGCGCCGGCUCCCCCGUCUACAGCAAGCCUGCUGUGCCACCCCGGAAGGGCCUGCAGGCGGGCCCCCCCAGCACUGCCUACUGCCAGGUCAAGAGGUCCUUCCCUGGGGCCGCGAGCCCUGGGGCAGAGCCAGCGGGGGCCCCCCGGACUUGGGCCAGGCAGUUCCCCGCGCAGCACCAGCCCUGGGGCGUCCUGAGCGAGCCGCCCCCCCCCGCCCCCUCCUCUGGCCCAGCUCCGCACCCCAGCUUUGCCCCCAGGCCCCGCGGGGCGCAGGCCGGCGUGAGGAUCCAGCAGGUGUUCACCCUGGCCCCCAGGGGCGGCGGGGAGCCCCAGCAGAAGCCCGCGGGGCAGCGGGGGGGCGGCUGCCGGACGCGGGCGCCCGACAGCACGAGCUGCUUCUCCAUUGCCAUGGAAACCGGGGACGCGGACGACGAGUACGCGCGAGAGGAGGAGCUGGCCAGCAUGGGGGCGCAGAUGCAGAUCUGUCCAGCGGGGGGCGGCAGCAGCCGGAGCAGCAGCAGCAGCAGCUCGGAGCCAGGCGCCCUGCGGCAGAGAGACAGUCCCGGGGGGCUGGUGCCGGGGCACAGCGGGGCAGGGGCCGGCGCGGGGAACACCGCCGGUGUCACCCCUCCUUCCUCGGACUCAUCGCCCACAGCCCCGUACCCCGGCAGCAGGGGAUACCAGGCCCCAUCUACCUCCUCUCACUACCCUCCCGGGCACAGCGCCCUCUUCAGCAGCACGGCGCCGCGCGGGGGGUACCCUGGCAAGGUCCACGGCGCCGUGCCCAGCCACGGCUCGCCGCAGAGAGUCGGCAACUACCAGGUAUCGGGCAAUCUAACCGUUCCCUGGAUCACGAGCAACUCUCGGAAGAGGACACUGCAGGACCGGACUCAGUUCAGCGACAGGGACCUGGCCACACUGAAGAAGUUCUGGGACAAUGGGAUGACCAGCCUGGGCUCUAUCUGCAGGGAGAAGAUCACAGCUGUGGCUGCAGAGCUCAGUGUGGACUGCGAAAUCAUCAAGACUUGGAUUGGCAACCGCCGCAGGAAGUACCGCCUCAUGGGCAUAGAGAUCCCGCCCCCAAAGGGCGGGCCGGCCGACUUCACCGACCAACCGGAGCCCGGGUCGCCGGGGGGGCGGACCCCCGGUGGAGAGACAGCCAAGACCCCCGAGCUGGCCGAGGACAGUGACCACAAUGACGAGGUGUCCAUCUGUCUGUCCGAGGAUGGGGUGAGUGACACCUACCAGCGAGAGGAAGGGGAGGACAUGGAUGGAGAGACAAACAGCACGGCUCUGACUGACAACGUGAAAAUAGAAAUAAUAGACGACGAGGAGGAAGAGGAGGACGAAGAAGACGCGAGUGGUUCUGACGUGGAGCAGAUGCAGACUCUUCUGGACUACAAGCAUGAAGAGGUCAGAUUCUUGGAGAACGAGCUAGAGAACCAAAAACAAAAAUAUUACGAGCUACAAAACUUCACCCGGAAUCUGCUGGUCGCUGUGAAGAGCAACAACACAGAGAAACAGCAGGAACUGUUAUCCAAAUUACCUCAAGAAAUCGAAGAAGACCUGGAGCUGGAUCCGGGGCCGGAGGAGUCCAGCGGGUCUAUGCUCAUGAUCCAGGGCUAUUCCUCUGUAUCAGAGGAGAAGGUGGAUCCGGGCCCAUUGUGACUCCUCCCCCUCGUCACGCCCUGUCCCUCACCGUGCCUGCUGGCUGACACAUCUGACUGUGCUGGGAGCGCUUCCCUGCUGCGUAUCACUCUGCCUUGUUAAGCAGGGAAGGCGCCAGCUUCGUUAUUGAGUUUUGAUGGGUAUAUUUUAUUCUGCAAAAAUAAACCGAUGAAGGAAAAACAC